AUGUGGCCUUUCGACGCCGUGGACUGGCUUAUGCUCAGUAUCCCCAUUGCCUACCUCUUCAUUCUGAUCGGAUCCCUCGCCGUCUUUUCCAACCUCUAUCGCAAGCGCAAAGCCGCAUCUGCCGCCUCCCUCGAGCCAUGGUUCCCCGCCCACCUCCAGCGCAACAUCUAUCUGACCCUCCUCCACAUGGACGAGCCCAAGGUGCCUGACAGCGUCCUAAAAGCUGCCCUCCUUCGCCGUGCAACCGAGGACAUCCACAGGAUCGUGCAGAUUCGUAAUGCGAAGCAGGCGCUGCAGGUCUUGUUGCAGAGGGGCAGCGUUGGAGAUGAUCUGUGGCAGAGGUUCCAGAGGGCUGAGAAGGAGAUUGAAGAGGAGUUGAAGGAUGUCGUACAGGAGGCCAACGCGUUUGCCCCCAACUGGGGUCAGACUAUCUUCCAGUCAGCAUCGGAAAUGGCACAAAACACACAGAUCAGGGACCGCCUGAGUGAGAUCAUGUCAAAGACAUCUGAAGAGCGAGAGUGGUGGGCAAAGCGCAAGGCGGAGAUUCAGUCGGCCUUUAUGAAGGAGCUGGACGAGGAGAAGGUGAAGAGCAGCGAAGACGAGGCUGUACUGGUAGAGGCUGGUGGUCCUGCUGGCAGCGUUGGCAAGGGCACGAAGAAGGCUGCGAAGGCGUAG